AUGAUGCGCCACUUCCGCGUCUUCUCUGCGGCGCAGACGCGGUGCGCAGUGCGUACCAAGAUGACGGGUUUCAAUCUCUUCACGCAGGACAUGCAAAAAGAAAGGAAAGUGCUGACGACAAAAUCGUUCAAGGGAGGCCAUGAAAACAUGCGAAUCAUGGCAAAGCUGUGGGGGGAGCUGCCGUUGGGCCAGCGUGCGAUGUACAAUACGCGGGCACUGCAGCGCGCCGCACUCGUUGUCAGAGACCAAGAAAGAAAGAACAACACGUUCAACUUGCUCAUGAAACUCUUUGGCAGGGAUAAGGUGCUUCUGACAGCGGGCAACGAGACUUUCACCGCGCUCAUGGCGAAGUCGACAAUGCACGCGAUGAGUCACCGCGACAAGAACCGACUGCGGGAAAAACUGAAUGUGGAUGCGCUCUGUACGAGAAAAGAGCGAUUCAACGAAAAUGUGGCAUCCACCUUCAAGCGGUUUGUGAGUCCCAACAUGCUACUCUUCAGCUCUUUCACAGAGAUGCAACGCUCCGUUGCACCAACGCGCAAGAGCGCCUUUACGGCAAUAACGAAGGUUCUUGCCGUUUCUAACCUCACCGUCUCGGGGGAGGAGUACGUCAUGAAGUGCUAUAGCUCCCUCUCCCCAGAGGUGCGGAACUUGUUUGCCCCCAUCUCGGAUGUCGAGGCACCCUUCUUCGAAAUGUUCUGCGGCGACCGGUGCGCUGGUUUCGACCGUAAGCGCUUUGAAAUCAUACGGCUGUUCGCGUCGUUUCGCGGCAUCGAGGUGGACCUCGGUAGCAACGCGGUGCAGGAUGAACUCUUUCGCUCCCUCAUCAACACGGAUCGGUCGCGCGACGGCAUCUACUUCAGAGUUCGCCGCAGCCUCGAGCGACUUGAAAAGCUGCGUAGUUCUGACUGCGGCUUGUUUAUUGCAAAGCACUUACCUCAGUCUGUUGAUGUGCCCCCCGCCGCGUACGGCAUCCACAGCAGCUUGGACGAUGUCAGCGUCGCAACCCUACUCGCCGAGACACGCUGUGGUCACUCCGUGUACGACGAUAUCCUUACCCGGGCCGCCAUGCUGCGCACAAAGGAGAAAAACAAGCUGCUCGGAGUGUACAAAGUGGCGCGCAUGAUAACGACGGACACGGUAAGCAACAGGCAGGCACGUGUGGAGAAGUUGAAGAUCAAGGUUGAUCCACAGCUCCGUGCCGCCAAGCCGGUGCUCAAGUUGAAUGCGGCGCCCGCGCCAUUGCGCAAGAAGAAUCGACUGUCAGCUCAAGUGCCUUUGAAGAAGCUGACGACAAUGGCAGAGCCGCAACGGAAGCAGACGGUGCCGAUCGUCACCACGGCGCCUUCGACAAAGGCCACGCCGGUGGCUUCUCCUAAUAGAAACGCUCCGCCUGCAGUGAAGCUUCAGCUGGUCACCAAGCGAGCUGCCGGCUUUUCCCGCACUAAAACGAAGGGCGUGCCCGCCUCCUGCCGAACCCGCGUGAAGGUCAGCGCUGCCCGAAAGGUAGCCGCGGCCGCUAGCAAGAAGGUGCUAGAGAAGGUUACCUCCACUUCACAGGCGACAACCAUCACAGACGAGGGAGACUUCUUCGCCGAGGACGUCAUGGCGGACGGCGAAGGGGACGACAUCGAGCUCGACGUUGCCGACGAAUUCGCUGGUGUCACGAAUGCGCAAGUGACAGCGCCCACGGCGCCAGUGAAGCAGAAGCGUAAGUCCGCCGGUCUUCGUGCAGCUCGCAGUCACCUCUUUGCGCCCGAGUCGAUGCUCCCUGCGACGGCACGGUCCCAGAAGGUGAUUAUGGCGCACACCCCCACGUGUAGAAAGGCACCGCGGCCGGUGCACACCUCCCCAUCAUCCCCCUUUGCUCCUGCGCGACGCAAGGUGAGCUUUGCGGACAACAUCCGCGCUCAGCUGGCCAGUUUGUUGUAG